UUUCUCUUAUCUUAGCUGAUCGCUCCAGAAGAAUUCCUGAAGGUGUUUUAGACGAUAUUCCACUUAAGGUUGGAAACAUCAUGAUUCCCACUGACUUUGUGGUGCUGAAGUAUAAUAAAGAGCCUAGUGAUCCACUGACUUUGUGGUGCUGAAUUCCACAGUAACACUCUUGCCAAAUAAGUUGCAUUGCUGAGAACCUCAAGUGUUUUCGUCUGCCAGAUCCAUCUCUUUUGAUUUAGGAAUCUCGAUGUCUCUGUUUGAUUUAGGUUCUGCUAGAACUUGCUGCAAGAGGAGAAAGGGAGAUGAGGCUAUUAUCGCUAUUUAAGAUAUAUACAUAUGACAGUCGUUUCUAAUUUGGGUCUUAAAUGGGCCUAUGCACGAGUUAACAAAAAAGACUAAAUUACCCCCAUUUCAGCUGCUCGGAUCCGCUAAACGCAAAAAAUAGCGUUUGCAUAUAUUCCAGUUUUACCCUCAACGUUAAGUCAGAUUUACGAACCAGAACCAUAAAUAGCAGAUCUAAGAGUGAGAGAGUUUUUAGUCGCCGAUUUCAUCAACCUCCGUCGCAGUUGUUUCUACCAUUGCCGCUCCACCAAAUCUGCUUCGCGAUAGGGAAAACAUGGCUGGAGAAGGUGAAGAGGAUGUACCUAGAGAUGCUAAGAUUGUGAAAUCUCUGCUUAAGUCGAUGGGUGUGGAGGACUACGAGCCUCAUGUGAUACACCAGUUUCUGGAGCUAUGGUGUCGGUAUGUGGUGGAAGUGUUGACAGAUGCUCAGGUUUACUCAGAGCAUGCUAGCAAAUCCAACAUUGACUGUGAUGAUGUGAAGCUCGCUAUUCAGUCCAAAGUUAAUUUCAGUUUCUCACAGCCACCUCCAAGAGAGGUUCUGCUAGAACUUGCUGCAAGAGGAGAGAGGGAGAUGAGGCUAUUAUCGGUAUUUAAGAUAUAUACAUAUGACGGUCGUUUCUAAUUUGGGUCUUAAAUGGGCCUAUGCACGAGUUAACAACAAAAGACUAAAUUACCCCCAUUUCAGCUGCUCGGAUCCGCUAAACGCAAAUAAUAAAUAGCGUUUACCUUUAUUCCAGUUUUAUCCUCAACGUUAUGUCAGAUUUACAAACCAGAACCAUAAGUAGAGCAGAUCUAAGAAGAGUGAGAGAGAUUAGUCGCCGAUUUCAUCAACCUCCCUCCGUCGUGUUUCUGCCAUCGCCGCUCCACCAAAUCUGUUUCAUUAGGUAUUUAUCGCCUCUUUAUGGUAUAGAAAACUCGUGUUUGGAUACUUAUUGAUGAAGCUAGGUUUGAAUCUCCUCUUGUGUCUUUCAUAUCUCCAUCUUCGUUUUUUCUGAUUCGUGAAGCUCUAAUAAAUGCAGCCUUCCACAAAUCUUCCUGCAACACACAUAUAACAAGUCCACAUUUGUGAAUUUUGUCACUCGCUCAUACGGCAGCAAUAAGAAAUUAUGUUAUAUA